AUACAAAAAACCAUUAACGCUAAGCAAAUAGGUGAAUGUAUUCCUUACAGGAAACAUAUAAAUAAGACAUAGAAAUGAAUUUAGAACUAUUAGAAUCUUUCGGACAGAAUUACCCAGAGGAAUUUGAUGGAGCUUUAGAUUGUUUAUCAAUAGCUGUAACGUGUGCAUUUAAUAAGAGAGGCACACUCUUGGCUGUUGGUUGCAACGAUGGUCGAAUAGUAAUUUGGGACUUUUUAACUCGCGGAAUUGCUAAAAUAAUUUCGGCACAUGUACAUCCUGUUUGCAGUGUAAGUUGGUCUCGAAAUGGUCAUAAGAUAGCUUCUGCUUCAACUGACAAUACUGUGUGUAUUUGGGAUGUGUUGUCUAGUGAAUGUGAACAGAAAUUUAGAUUUCCUUGUCCAGUUUUGAAGGUCCAGUUUCAACCGCGGAAUCUAGAGAAAUUGCUUGUUUGUCCCAUGCGACAUGCUGCAGUAUUAGUAGACAUUAGUGGCAAUCAUCAAGUUCUUCCCAUUGAUGAUGAUGCUGAUUUGAACAUUGUGGCAUCUUUUGAUAGACGUGGAGAGUAUGUUUACACUGGAAAUGCUAAGGGGAAGAUUUUAGUUUUGGAUGCAUCAACAUUAGAAGUGAAAGCAUGCUUCAGGAUUACACUAGGAACAUCCAGUGCUACUGCUGUUAAAAGCAUUGAAUUUGCAAGAAGAGGAGACUGUUUCCUUGUAAAUACUGCUGACCGUGUCAUUCGAGUGUAUAAUAGUAAAGAGGUUUUAACAUGUGGCAGAAAUGGAGAACCUGAGCCAAUUCAGAAACUUCAAGAUCUCGUUAAUAAAACAAUGUGGAAAAAGUGUUGCUUCUCUGGGGAUGGUGAAUACAUAUGUGCUGGAUCUGCAAGGCAACAUGCUCUUUACAUUUGGGAAAAAUCUAUUGGAAAUCUAGUAAAAAUUUUGCAUGGCACUAAAGGAGAGCUUUUACUAGAUGUGGCUUGGCAUCCAGUACGACCAAUCAUUGCUAGCAUUUCAUCUGGUGUGGUUAGUAUUUGGGCGCAAAAUCAAGUUGAAAAUUGGUCUGCAUUUGCACCAGAUUUUAAAGAACUUGAUGAAAAUGUUGAAUAUGAAGAAAGAGAAAGUGAAUUUGAUGUAACUGAUGAGGACAAAUCUGUUGUUAGUGGAGGAAAUAAUAAAGAGGAUUCUGAUUUGGAGAUUGACGUGUCUUCUGUUGAACCUAUAGCAGCCUUUUGCAGUUCAGAUGAAGAGAAUGAGGAUGGAGACGUGUUACAGUUUUUGCCAAUUGCUCCAGAGAUUGAAGAUCCUGAAGAAAAUUGGACAAGUACGGAAAAUAAUCAGCAACUGCCCCCUUGUGGUUCUAUAAGUCCCCCUCCAGCUAAGAAAAAAAAGUAUAAAUCAUACGACAUAGCGUUGGAAAGUACAGCUGACGGAGGUAAUUAA